AUGCUAUCGCCUCCCUCUUCCGACGCUCUACAACAGCAAGGACUUAUGUGUGGCUACUCGAUGCUGAGCACCGAGAUUGUCCGACCAGUUUUCCAGCGUGAUAUCGCGAGGAGUGGUGAAGUAGCGAAUCCCUUGAAGCGAGGAGUCAAGCGCCCGGAUGUUCGCGCUCAGCUACCUACACUCCCUGUGGUUAUUCAAUCAUCGGGAUUCGCUCCUGAACACACGCAAGCUGAGUCUUUUGUGGCUUCGUACUACAACACCAAUACACUUCCUUUCAAGACUGGUCAACCGCAACCCAAGCAAAAGCGAAUUCGACUGAAGACGGAGCGUCGACGCCAACAAUGUCGAGCUAACCAGGCUAGAUACCGCCAGAGAAAACUCAACUAUAGCAAGACGGUCGAGCAAUUAGUCCAGAAACUACGCGCUGAUAUCCCUGUCCUUGAGCUACAACGCAACAAACUCCGCGAUGGAGGCCAGCAAGACAUUUGGGACGUAGUGACAGGAUAUUUUCGCAUCUUUCGCUUCGGUGUUCAGGUGGUUCCUUCUCGGACCAGCACCGACUUCACUCCGGAGAACAACCUCGUCAACGAGGUGACAAAAAAUCAACUUGCCUUCUUGCACUCUUCGAUGACUGAAGACGUCAAUCUGGGUGAGCGCACAGGUCUGGAGGCUCUCAUGAACCAGUGGCGACUGUAUACGGCGAAUUUCGAGAACUUGUGCCUCAACCUGGAGAGUAUUGAGCGUACAACUGAUCGGUUUUUCAGUGCCUCUGCGGUGUUGAAUGUGACGAUGUCGGAGGCAACACUCGACAAUGUGUUUCCACACUUCAGGUGGGACGCCGAUGCAGGUCGACUGUCGCGUGUAGAGGCAACGACGAACUUCAUCAUUCCGUUGAUGAGGGUGUUGGACAAUCUGGCGGACGUGGCAUCGGUGCUAGAGCACGCGCUAAUCACUCGCGACGGCGUAGUUGGCAUCUAG